AAAAAAAUUAAAAGCAGUUCAGCUUCUUCCCCAGACUUUCUCUCAUUUUCUCUUCACAAUCUGUCUUAAAAAUCAUAACUUUGGCUGGAAAAUUAAUAUUCUGCUUCACAAAGCACGCAUUUUGAUUUUUCCAGUUUGAGGGUUUUGACUUUUCCCAAAUUUUCCCCCAAUCCAAACAUCCAUAUCCCACCUCUUUUUUUCCUUACCUUCAAAUGCAUCAUUUUCUUAUCAACUUGUCUCUGUAAUGACUCUCUCUCCAUCGCUGAAUCAUCUCCUUAUCACCAUUCUGUACACCCUCUCAAUCCUCAUCGUAAACCCUAGCUCCAUUCUCGCCGGAGAAGAUUCUUUCGCCGUCGACGACAUCUUCUACCAGGACUACUCCCCGCCGGCACCACCGCCGCCACCGCCUCUCCCGCCCUCCGUUUCUUGCUCCGAGGAUCUCCACGGUAUUGGGUCUCUGGACACCACUUGUCAAUUAGUUUCCAAUUUGCAACUCACAGAUGAUGUGUAUAUAGAAGGGAAAGGCAAUUUCUAUAUAGGUUCUGGCGUGAGAUUGGAUUGUUUGGCUUCUGGGUGUUCAAUUACUGUUAACAUUAGUGGGAAUUUUAGUUUGGGCGAGAAUGCGUCGAUUGUGACCGGGGCAUUCGAGCUCUCGGCAUAUAAUUCAAGUCUUCACAAUGGGUCUGUGGUGAAUACCACGGCGUUAGCGGGGACCGCCCCGCCGCAGACUAGUGGGACACCUCAAGGGGUCGAUGGGGCGGGCGGGGGACAUGGGGGAAGGGGGGCGUGUUGUUUGGUUGACAAGAAGAAGCUUCCGGAGGAUGUUUGGGGCGGGGACGCGUACUCGUGGUCUAGUUUACAGAAGCCGGUGAGUUUUGGGAGCAAGGGGGGUACGACAACUAAGGAGGAAGAUUAUGGUGGCCACGGUGGUGGGCGGGUAAAGAUGGAGAUUGCAGGGUUUCUUGUGGUUGAUGGGAGUAUUUUGGCUGAUGGGGGUCAUGGGGGGAGCAAAGGUGGAGGUGGGUCUGGUGGCAGCAUCUACAUCAAGGCUUAUAAGAUGACAGGAAGUGGCAGGAUAAGUGCUUGUGGAGGUAAUGGUUUUGGUGGUGGUGGUGGAGGAAGAAUUUCUGUCGACGUUUUCAGUAGGCAUGAUGACCCAAAGAUCUUUGUUCAUGGAGGAAGUAGUUUUGGCUGCCCAGAAAACUCAGGUGCUGCUGGGACUUUUUAUGAUGCUGUUCCCCGAAGCCUUAUUGUUAGCAACAACAACAGGUCAACAGAUACAGACACCCUUCUUUUGGAGUUCCCUUAUCAACCGCUCUGGACAAAUGUUUAUGUUCGAGAUCAUGCCAAGGCUACUGUUCCUUUACUCUGGAGUCGUGUGCAGGUCCAAGGACAAAUCAGUCUGUACUGUGGUGGAGUGUUGAGCUUUGGGUUAGCACAUUAUGCUUUAUCAGAGUUUGAACUAUUGGCAGAAGAACUUUUAAUGAGUGACUCCAUAAUUAAGGUAUAUGGGGCUCUACGCAUGUCUGUAAAAAUGUUCCUGAUGUGGAAUUCCAAAUUACUUAUAGAUGGUGGAGGUGAUGCCAAUGUUGCAACAUCUUUGCUCGAGGCUAGCAAUUUGGUUGUUCUCAAGGAAUCAUCUGUUAUACACUCUAAUGCCAAUCUGGGAGUUCAUGGACAAGGUUUAUUAAAUUUAUCAGGACCAGGAGACUGGAUUGAAGCACAACGUCUGGUUCUGUCACUAUUUUACAGUAUCCAUGUUGGACCUGGAUCUGUAUUGCGUGGCCCCUUAGAAAAUGCAACAACAGAUGCUGUGACACCUAGGCUAUAUUGUGAACUUCAAGAUUGUCCCACUGAACUACUUCAUCCACCUGAAGAUUGCAAUGUGAACUCUUCACUGUCCUUCACCCUUCAGAUCUGUCGAGUUGAAGAUAUUACUGUUCAAGGCCUUAUAAAAGGGUCCGUUGUCCAUUUCCACAGGGCAAGAACUAUAGCUGUCCAAUCUUCUGGUAAAAUAAGCACAUCUAGGAUGGGCUGCACCGGUGGUGUGGGUAGAGGAAAAUUUUUAAGUUCUGGUCUUGGCAGUGGUGGUGGGCAUGGUGGUAAGGGUGGGGAUGGGUGUUACAAAGGCAGCUGUGUUGAGGGUGGUAUUUCAUAUGGAAAUGCUGAUCUGCCUUGCGAACUUGGUAGUGGUAGUGGUAGUGGAAAUGACACUUUAGAUGGUUCAACUGCUGGUGGUGGUGUCAUAGUAAUGGGUUCAUUGGAGCAUCCACUGUCAAGUUUGUCUAUUGAAGGUUCUGUUAAGGCUGAUGGAGAAAGUUCCAGAGAAAGUACAAGAAAUAAUUAUUAUUCUAUGAAUAAUGGUUCCAAUGUGAAUCCUGGGGGUGGCUCUGGUGGGACUAUUCUUUUGUUUUUACGUUCCCUUGCUCUUGGCGAGGCUGCUGUUCUUUCAAGCAUAGGAGGGCACGGCAGUCUCCAUGGUGGUGGUGGAGGAGGUGGUGGGAGGAUUCAUUUCCAUUGGUCAGACAUUCCCACAGGGGAUGUGUACCAACCCAUAGCUAGUGUAAAAGGAAGCAUCCACUCUAGGGGAGGGUUGGCUAGGGACCAGAGUGGUAUGGGGGAAAAUGGAACAGUGACUGGAAAAGCUUGCCCGAGAGGGCUUUAUGGAAUAUUUUGUGAGGAAUGUCCAGCUGGCACUUAUAAGAAUGUUACUGGAUCUGAUAGAUCCCUUUGUCGUCAUUGCCCAUAUCAUGAGCUUCCGCGUCGUGCUAUUUAUAUUUCUGUCCGAGGUGGUAUUGCCGAAACUCCUUGUCCUUACAAAUGCAUUUCAGACAGAUAUCACAUGCCACACUGUUAUACAGCUCUUGAAGAGUUGAUUUAUACAUUUGGUGGGCCUUGGUUAUUUUGUCUUCUUCUCUUGGGUGUCCUCAUCCUGUUAGCUCUUGUGCUUAGUGUUGCAAGAAUGAAAUUCGUUGGAGUUGAUGAAUCACCAGGCCCAGCCCCUACUCAACAUGGCUCUCAAAUAGAUCACUCCUUCCCUUUCUUGGAGUCUUUGAAUGAGGUUUUGGAAACAAACAGAGCUGAGGAGUCUCAGAGUCAUGUGCACAGAAUGUAUUUCAUGGGUCCUAAUACAUUUAGUGAACCUUGGCAUCUCCCUCACACCCCUCCAGAGCAAAUAAAAGAGAUUGUAUAUGAGGGAGCAUUCAAUGGAUUUGUUGAUGAGAUUAAUGCUAUAGCUGCUUAUCAGUGGUGGGAGGGAUCAAUGCAUAGCAUUCUUUCUAUUCUUGCAUAUCCCCUUGCAUGGUCAUGGCAGCAAUGGCGUCGGAGAAAAAAAUUGCAGCAAUUACGUGAAUUUGUGAGAUCAGGGUAUGACCAUGCUUGCUUGCGCUCUUGCCGCUCACGUGCUCUCUAUGAAGGGCUUAAGGUAGCUGCAACUUCUGAUCUGAUGUUAGCACAUGUGGACUUCUUUCUUGGUGGAGAUGAAAAGAGAACUGAUCUGCCUUUUCGUCUUCAGCAAAGAUUUCCAAUGUCCUUACCUUUUGGAGGUGAUGGAAGUUACAUGGCUCCUUUUUCACUUAACAGCGACAAUAUUCUUACUAGCCUCAUGAGUCAGGCGAUCCCACCAACUACUUGGUAUCGACUGGUGGCUGGUUUGAAUGCACAGUUGCGCUUAGUUCGUCGUGGACGCCUCAGAGUAACAUUUCGACCUGUCCUGAGAUGGCUUGAAACUCAUGCUAGUCCUGCUUUGAGGGUCCAUGGUGUACAAGUUGAUCUGGCUUGGUUUCAGUCUACGGCCUGUGGUUAUUGCCAGUAUGGACUUUUGGUAUAUGCUGUUGAAGAUGAAACUGAGUCUACACCUGUUGAUGGUGUUGACGGAGCAAUACAAAAUGAGCAUCAGUCACGUUUGAACAGGGAUUUUGGAGCAGCGAUGCUUUUAAGUGGAGCCCGGAGAAGCACUGAAAGUUUAAUGAAGCGAAAAAAGCCUUAUGGGUAUAUUUUAGAUACUAACAGCUUACACAUGCUUGAAGAGAAGAAAGAUAUAUUUUAUCCCUUGUCUUUUAUCAUUCACAACACCAAACCUGUUGGCCAGCAUGACCUCGUUGGAUUGGUCAUCUCAAUGCUACUUCUAGCAGAUAUUAGCUUAGUAUUACUUACUUUGCUCCAGUUAUAUUCAAUUUCAUUGGCAGACGUUUUUCUUGUUCUGUUUGUUCUCCCGCUUGGCAUUCUACUCCCCUUCCCUGCUGGAAUCAACGCCCUAUUCAGUCAUGGACCUAGACGCUCAGCGGGCCUGGCUCGUGUCUACGCUUUGUGGAACAUUACAUCCUUGAUUAAUGUUAUGGUUGCAUUCAUUUGUGGAUAUGUUCACUAUAACACCCAGUCACCCAGUAAAAAGCUCCCGAACUUUCAGCCAUGGAAUAUUAACAUGGAUGAUAGUGAAUGGUGGAUUAUACCAACCGGGCUCGUGGUUUGUAAAUUCAUCCAGUCCCGGCUCAUCAACUGGCAUAUUGCAAAUCUGGAGAUUCAAGAUCGCUCACUGUAUAGUAACGACUUCGAGCUGUUCUGGCAAUCAUGAUAAAAAGUUUUUUCUCAAUUUAUCAACCCAGAUACCUACUCCUACAUUAACGAUCCCGUCAUCUUUUUCUUCCUUCUCAUAUGUUUUCCCUUUUGUAUGUUUUGUUCCAAAGUAGGAGAGUGACUGACACAGAAGCACAGAAAGAGAACAGGGAAAAAAAACCCCCAAAAAAGAAAAAAAAGAAAAGAAAAGAAAAGAAGGAAAAGAAAAUUAGAGUGAGAGAGCAUUAUUGAUUGAUGAGAUGUAAUCUUUUUUGAUCCAUGCAAUGUGCAGUAAGAGUUGUUUCCUCUAAUGUAAAUACUGUGGUAUAUUAACAUACCACUCUUUUAUGUUUUCCAGAUUUCAGUUAGUUUUUGUUUACCCUUGCUGCUCUCUCUAACGUUAAUAAUACAAAUGACCAUGUUCUUAUGUAUGAGAAUGCAGGUUGGUUUGGUUA